AUGGCGCAAGAACUGGAAAGCAUAUUCUCAGAGCUGGGCAUUUCCCAGUAUUUAGACACGUUUCUCGAGCAGGGAUUCGAUACCUGGGAGACUAUAUUGGACAUUACCGAGUCUGAUCUGGACGCUCUUGGAGUCAAAUUGGGUCAUCGACGUAAAUUACAGAGACGUAUCGCCAACUCGAGGGGCCAUGCUCCCGAUGCGUCACUAGUAUCGCCGACGAGAACGAGUGUCGAGGAGCAUAAGCCAGAAACUCAACGGCUCGACCAACCACGACCGGAAACCAAGGAUGGCCCCGUGGUAACCAAGCGCAAGUACCGUCGACACCCGAAGCCAGAUGAGAAUGCGCCGGAACGUCCUCCAUCAGCCUAUGUGUUGUUCUCAAACAAAAUGCGCGAUGAGCUUAAAGGCCGAAAUUUGACCUUUACAGAAAUAGCCAAACUUGUGGGAGAACAUUGGCAAAAUCUGUCUCCUGCUGAGAAGGAGCCUUAUGAGACGUCGGCUUUGAAGGCGAAGGAGAAGUACAAUCAUGACCUGGCAGAAUAUAAAAAGACUCCUGAGUUCAGGAAAUACACACAGUAUCUGCAAGACUUCAAGCAGAGGCAGGCUAGUGCUAACCAAGCAAAAGAAUCAUCCAAACGGCAAAAGCUUGAAUCAGGAGCUCGUUUGACAAACGGUAGCGCAAGUGUGACUCCGGGGAGCCUCAGCAGUACUGGCAGCGGAAGUGAGAGUCAACCAGGAAGUGAGCCACCGCCGAAUAGGAAACAACGAGUGGGAUCUGUUGUUUCCUUGUCGGAAUCGCAAUAUUCAACAGCUGUUCCUACACCAGUUUCUCAGCAUCACCAUCUGGAUGAAGCGGUACACUCCCCUACCAGCACUCAGUUCGACCGUGAGAGCUUGCACUCGACAAGCCCUCGUGCGUCUCAGAGCCGAAGUCGUCGCCCAACAUGGACGGAGAGUCAACCUAACCCCGACCCCAUUCCGCCAACACAUUUACCAUCCUUGUCCGAUGUAUUCAAUGGUCGUUCAUUGAACGGUGUCUCAAGGUCUCCUGAAGCGGCUGGCUUUCCUGGUUUCGGGCCUCCACAGCAUCCCAGCUCAGUGCCGCCUUCGUUGAAGCACGAGUAUUCGUCAACAGGGAGCUCUACAUCAUCAGGCGCUGUGCAAUCCUAUCCUCAGACACCGAGUAAUCAUUCACUCCCGAUUCAUGCCUUAUUGUCGAGUAAGGCUGCUCCAGCCCCUACCUAUGAGAUCCAGUCAUCGUUUCCAACAGCACCUUCGAAUAUCCAUGAUCAAAAGCCGGUAUUCGCUCCUCCGCCACAGGGUUCCCGUGGAACUAGAAACGGUACUUUCAACCACCUUUAG